AUGGACUACGAGGCCUUGAAGGACCAGUGGAGCGAUGUCGAGGAUCGCGAUGGCGUCAGGCUCAGUUGGAACACAUUUCCAAGCUCGCGCAUGGAAGCGUCCCGCUUAGUUGUCCCCAUCGGAGCCGUGUAUACGCCGCUCAAGGAGAAGACAGACACCCCAUUGCUGCAGUACGAACCAGUGACUUGCAAAGCCCCUUGCAAAGCAGUCCUCAAUCCUUAUGCCAACGUGGACGUCCGAGCUCGGAUCUGGAUAUGCCCCUUCUGCCAGAUGCGCAAUCCUCUUCCUCCGCACUACAAAGACAUUACCGAGAAUGCUAUACCUCCCGAGCUUCAUCCUCAGAGCACAACUAUCGAGUAUCGAUUGGCCCGGCCCGCCCCCGCCCCCCCUAUUUUCCUGUAUGUCGUAGACACUUGCCAGGAGGAUGACAGUCUCCAGGCUGUCAAGGACUCCCUCAUCAUGAGCUUGUCCUUGUUGCCACCACAUGCGCUGGUUGGGUUGAUCACAUACGGCACCAUGGCGCAAGUCCAUGAAUUAGGCUACGGAGAGUGCGCCAAAUCCUAUGUCUUCCGCGGUAACAAGGACUAUGGUGCAAAGCAGGUUCAGGAAAUGCUUGGGCUGCUAGCUCCUAGCCUUCGUCCCGGCGCUCCUCAGCCACCUGGUCGCGCACCUCCCCCCAUGGGUCCCGCAGCCCGCUUCCUCCUUCCUGUCCAACAGGCCGAGUUCCAGAUAACCAAUAUCCUUGAACAGCUGCAGCGCGAUCCUUGGCCAGUUGCGAAUGACAAGCGAGCUUUAAGGUGCACUGGUGUCGCCGUCAGCGUCGGAGUUGGGUUGUUGGAGACGUCUUUUCAAAAUGCCGGUGGACGCAUUAUGCUUUUCACCAGCGGUCCUGCCACAGAAGGCCCUGGUCUUGUCGUUGGCCCAGAGUUGAAGGAGCCUAUCCGAUCUCACCAUGAUAUUGAUAGGGAUAAUAUUAAAUAUUUUAAGAAGGCAGUCAAGUUUUAUGACAAUCUUGCCAAGCGCGCCGCACACAAUGGUCAUGUCAUUGACCUAUUUGCCGGCUGUCUUGACCAAGUUGGCAUGCUGGAAAUGAAGAAUAUGGCUAACUACACCGGUGGUCACACGCUGUUGACUGACAGCUUCACAUCGUCUCAAUUCAAACAAUCAUUCGUCCGAGUAUUCGACAAGGACGAGAAUGACAACCUUCUAAUGGGCUUUAAUGCGUCUCUAGAAGUUCUUACCACAAGAGAGCUCAAAGUCACAGGCCUUAUUGGCCACGCGAUUUCCCUUAACAAGAAAUCUACAAGCGUGGGUGAGACGGAGUGUGGUAUCGGUAAUACUUGCGCAUGGAAGAUGUGCGGAAUUGACCCUGCUGCCAGUUAUGGCAUCUAUUUUGAGAUUGCAAACCAGGGCGGACCUGCGCCAAUUCAGCAGGGUCCUCAACGCGGCAUGAUGCAGUUCCUUACAUACUAUCAGCAUUCUUCCGGUCAAUUCCACCUACGUGUUACAACCAUUGCUAGGAAUUUAAGCGGUCCGGCGGGUGACCCAGCUCUUGCGCAGUCCUUCGACCAAGAAGCAGCUGCAGUCCUGAUGUCUCGUAUUGCUGUCUUCAAGGCCGAGGUCGACGAUGGGCCAGAUGUAUUGCGAUGGGUUGACCGUAUGCUGAUUCGCUUGUGCUCACGCUUUGCCGAUUACAGGAAGGAUGACCCAACGUCAUUCCGCCUUGAGAAGAACUUCACUCUCUACCCACAAUUCAUGUUCCAUCUUCGCAGAAGUCAGUUCCUCCAAGUUUUCAACAAUUCUCCGGAUGAAACGGCAUUCUACCGACAUGUUCUCAACCACGAGGACACUAGCAACUCCUUGAUCAUGAUCCAGCCUACGCUCGAUUCAUAUUCUUUGGAACAGGAAGGCAGUCAGCCCGUGCUGCUAGACUCUGCCUCUAUUCAGCCCACUCAUAUCCUCCUCCUCGAUACCUUUUUCCAUUUGCUCAUUUUCCACGGAGAGACCAUGGCCGAGUGGAGGAAAGCUGGAUACCAGGACCAAGAAGGUUACGAGAAUUUCAGAUCCAUUUUGGAGCAACCGAAGGAAGAUGCGAGGGAACUUAUUGCCGACCGUUUUCCACUCCCCCGAUUCAUCAUUUGCGAUGCAGGCGGAUCUCAAGCUCGGUUCUUGUUGUCAAAACUGAACCCCUCAACAACUCAUUCGACAGGAGGCUACGGGGGUGGCGUGUCUGCACAGACGAUUUUCACCGAUGAUGUGUCGUUACAGACGUUCAUGGAGCAUUUGAUGAAGCUUGCCGUAUCAGGCACUAACUAA